AUGGGUUCCCACUGUGCCAAGCUGGGCACGGGCCACAGCCGGGGCCACGAAUCCUCCAUGAAGAAGCUGGUAGCCUGCGUGAGUCAGGAUAACUUCUCCCUGUCAUCGGAGGGCGAGGAAGAGGAGGAGGCAGAGGAAGAGGAGGACGAGGAGCUCCCAGUGCAGGGGAAGCUGCUGCUGAUGGAGGCGGAGCAGGAGGAGGAGGAGGGCGCCGAAGACGACGCCGAAGCGGCCCAGGAGAGCCCGGAGCCCAAGCAGACACACUCCUGA